ACCUGCAGACCCUGCCGCCGCGCUCCGGCCCGGCUCCCACGCCCCCGCCGCCCUGCGCACGCAACUCCGCCGGCCGCCCCGCCCGCCCCGCGCGCUCGCAGACCCCCGGGGCGGCUGCCGGGAGAGAUGCUGGAAGAAACUUCUUAAAUGACCGCGUCCGGCUAGCCGUGGAGCAUUUCUGGGUUGGGGAGAGGAAAGGAAAGUGGAAAAAAACUGAGAACUUCCUGAUCUCUCUCGCUGUGAGACAUGUCUGAGACUCCUGCUCAGUGUAGCAUUAAGCAGGAACGAAUUUCAUAUACACCUCCCGAGAGCCCGGUGCCCAGUUACGCUUCCUCGACUCCACUUCAUGUUCCAGUGCCCCGAGCGCUCAGGAUGGAGGAAGACUCGAUCCGCCUGCCCGCGCACCUGCGCUUGCAGCCAAUUUACUGGAGCAGGGAUGACGUAGCCCAGUGGCUCAAGUGGGCUGAAAAUGAGUUUUCUUUAAGGCCAAUUGACAGCAACACGUUUGAAAUGAAUGGCAAAGCUCUCCUACUGCUGACCAAAGAGGACUUUCGCUAUCGAUCUCCUCAUUCAGGUGAUGUGCUCUAUGAACUCCUUCAGCAUAUUCUGAAGCAGCGGAAACCUCGGAUUCUUUUUUCACCGUUCUUCCACCCUGGAAACUCUGUCCACACACAGCCGGAAGUCAUACUGCAUCAGAACCACGAAGAAGAUAAUUGUGUCCAGAGGACCCCGAGGCCGCCAGUGGAGAACGUGCACCACAACCCCCCCACCAUUGAACUGUUGCACCGCUCUAGAUCACCUGUCACGACAAAUCACCGGCCGUCUCCUGACCCCGAGCAGCGGCCCCUCCGGUCCCCCCUGGACAACAUGAUCCGUCGCCUCUCCCCAGCCGAGAGGGCCCAGGGACCGAGGCUCCACCAGGAGAAUAACCACCAAGAGUCCUACCCCCUGUCAGUGUCUCCCAUGGAGAAUAAUCACUGCCCGCCAUCCUCCGAGUCCCACCAGAAGCCAUCCAGUCCCCGGCAGGAGAGCACACGCGUGAUCCAGCUGAUGCCCAGCCCCAUCAUGCACCCUUUGAUCCUGAACCCCCGGCACUCCAUGGAUUUCAAACAGUCCAGGCUGUCUGAGGACGGGCUGCAUAGGGAAGGGAAACCCAUCAACCUGUCCCAUCGGGAAGACCUGGCGUACAUGAACCACAUCAUGGUGUCCGUCUCCCCGCCUGAGGAGCACGCCAUGCCCAUUGGGAGGAUAGCAGACUGUAGACUGCUCUGGGAUUACGUCUAUCAGUUGCUUUCUGACAGCCGGUACGAAAACUUCAUCCGAUGGGAAGACAAAGAAUCCAAAAUAUUCCGGAUAGUGGAUCCCAAUGGACUGGCUCGACUGUGGGGAAACCAUAAGAACAGAACAAACAUGACCUAUGAGAAAAUGUCCAGAGCCCUGCGCCACUACUACAAACUAAACAUUAUCAGGAAGGAGCCAGGACAAAGGCUUUUGUUCAGGUUUAUGAAAACCCCAGAUGAAAUCAUGAGUGGCCGAACAGACCGUCUGGAGCACCUUGAGUCCCAGGAGUUGGAUGAACAAAUAUACCAAGAAGAUGAAUGCUGAAGGCACCAACCCACCAUGUCAGUGGGCCGGCGCCCAAGGGAACUCCUGCCCACCAGAACUGCUGGAGGCAUGACAGAGCCGGCGGGCUGAGGAGAGUAGAAAAGGAAGAGACCCAGGAAUGGGAGUGACCCUUCUCUUGCAUAGCAGGAGGGACCCACGAGCACCUUAGACAAACCACCCAGCAACGGCGGGGCUGGCAUUCUGGCCGAGGGCACGAGCCUGGGACUCGGGUUUCACGUUCCCUACUCAUUCGAAAUCUCUCCAUCUGUAAUUCCUCACCCUCACCCUCCCACCUAUUCUUAGUUUCAUGGUGUUUUUGUUUUUGUUUUAAGACCAUGCAGUUUGACUUUUCAUCAUUCAUCUAAGGGAGGACACCCAAGGUUGUUUUCAUAUGGAAAUAUAUAUCAAUUCUAUAUAUAUAUAUAUUUUUGCAAAUCUCACAAAGUGCAGCAAACCCAGCUGGUCAGGAAAGAGAAUACUUGCAAAAGGGUUCAGGUUCCUCUUUAUCCUGCCACAUGGAUCAGGUUUGUUCCUGUUGCUGUUGGAUCUUGGCUGAAAAAAAAAAAGAAGAAAAAAAGAAAAAAAGAUGCUUUUUAAAAAGAUCAAGUGAAAAGGAGAGCUCUCUUUCUCUCUCUCUUGCUCUCUUUCCUUCCCCGCCUCCCGUCUGCCUGCCCUCCCCACCUGCUGUUGAGCUUCCAAUGCCUUUCAGCAGAGUUUAGCCUCUUUGGAGAGUCUGGGGAACGGUUGGCACCUAAACAGAAUCGGCGGCCUGGGUGCUUUGGGGCCGGCACCCCUAAAUCAAACCCACAUCCCAGCAUUUGGCCACCUGUCGGCAGGAGACCAAAAUCAUCAGAGAUGCUGCUGUCCUUCAGGAAGAUAAGGGCCAGUACAGUAGGCUGCCCUGACAGUGAGCACCAUGCCGCUAGCGGUUCCACAGAGCAUCAGGUGGGCCUGAAGGCUGUCCGCCGCACCCGGGGGGCAGCUUGCAAUUGCUGCAAAGCAGCAAAUAUGAAAAGACCACACAGACCUGAUGGUUCAGAAAUGGGGGGCGGGGGGAUCUUCUGCCGCAGGGAUCUGUUAUCCCCAAGCAGGUUAUAAGAGGCUAGUGAGGCAGGAGGGGUCUUCUCUGCUCUGUCCCAAAGGCCAUCAUGUGGUCAGUUCCAUGCCCUCCCCUAAUUUUUUUUUUUUUAAUUCCUAGGCUUUUUUUUUUUUUUUUAACGUUUCCUUGUCGCCGUAGGAAAUGGGGCAUUUGAGAGGGGAGGCUCCUGGGGUGUGCAGUCUCAGCUGCUGACAGCGUUUGCCCAGCCUGGGCAGACAGGAAAGUCCUCAGAUACAUUACUCUUUCCUUCUUUCCUUUUUGCAUAGCUGUGUUUCAGAAUGGACCCAUUCGUGGCUCUUUUUCACCUCAAAAUAAAGUCGAUAGUAUCUUAUAAAAUGAGGGAAGCGCCACUCCUUAGUACUUCUGAUGGCAACAUAUUUUUAGAGAGCUGCUUAGAUUUGCUUUCCUUUUCUAGCCGUCUAAACCGACUCUUCCAAUACAGGUUCAAAAUUCAAUAUUAGGAGUAUGGUGUUCUUUUAAUCCAAAAGAUUAGACCUACCUUACAAAGCACCCCCUCCUCAUUUCUCUCUGUUUCCUUGCCUUGGUAGGGUGAGUAUCACACAGCCGCCCCC